CCCUUUAUAUAGAUCAUGCGUACGCCAUUACUCCUUCCCACUCCAUCGCACAGCUCACGUCCAACAUGGCGACCGGUUCGAAGAUCGAGCUAUUUCGGAUAGCGGUCUACGUGUUUUUCCCGGUUGCGUUAUUCUAUUACUUCAACUUGCCGGAGAUUUACGAAGACUAUGUAAACAAUAAAAAGGGACAAAUAUAUCCUCCGGAUGAGACUACGCAUGUAAGUUUUGAUAGUCACAUUUCUAGUUACAUUUUGCGAAAACCUAUACCAUCCCCUAGCGUUACACUCCUUUUUUUUUCUAAUAAGAACGUCCAGCCUGAGAUUUCACCAAAUUAAUUUAAAGAACAUUUUAACGCACAGCAGCAGCAAAAUUUGUUUGUGUGAUGCGUUCUAAAAUGCAGAAUCAAGUUGCAUUUUAAAAACCUAUUGAUCACUCUUACUAAUUCUGAUUCUAAUACUUUGAAUUUCAGUGUUAUAUUUUAAUACACACAUACUUAAGAACAUAUUUAAAAACAUUUUCAGCCUUUAAAUUCCUGGAUAAAAAAGAACGGCUCAGCCUCAACUGUAAAUUAGACGUUUUUACAUAAAAAAGAGUGUAUUACAUUAUCUCAUAUAAUUAUUGCUAUUUAUGCGUCAUUUAGAAACCUCCUACGACGAUAGACGACAUCAAGGCUGCAAGGGACAUUAUGAUGGA